AUGUUGCGGUUGCGUUUGACGUUGUGCCGGCGUCGUCCCACAAGAAGCCACAGUCACAAUGUGUUGCCACGCCCGAGUGCAGUGAGGCGCCUCCACGGAGGAUGCCAUUUGUUGUUUCCUCCGCUUUUGUUUCCCAUGCCAUCCUUAGCUGCGCCUGCGCAAGAUCUUGUGGUGGCAGCUGAGCUCAAGCCCCACCACCGCUUGCCGGCGUGCGCUUCAUANCCAUCCUUAGCUGCGCCUGCGCAAGAUCUUGUGGUGGCAGCUGAGCUCAAGCCCCACCACCGCUUGCCGGCGUGCGCUUCAUACCUCAAAGCAAGAACAUCGAAUAAAAGGCCUAGUCUACGGCAAAGCACAAAAAAAGGCCGCACACAGACAUAG